UCUCCAGCCGUCAGUAAUCCAGCAAGGAGCGUGCGUAUUCGCGCAAAUUUAUCAACUUUUCAAAAGAGAAGAAAGGCAAGUCCACAAACUAACAGAAGACACAGGUUAACUACAAAAAAUGUCGACAGACACCGGACCCCCGGCAAAGAUGCAGAAAGUGGACGGACCAAUAGAGGUAUCCGAAGGUGAUCAGAGUCAAGAUUUUGAUGCAGAUACACAAAAGGCUUUGGAAGAUAUAGACGCUUGUCAAAACGAUAUUGACGUUCUGAAUGAGAAAGCAAGUGAGGAGAUACUGAAAGUUGAGCAGAAGUACAACAAAUUGCGGAAACCCUAUUUUGAUCAACGUAAUGAACUUAUCAAAAAGAUCCCGAAUUUCUGGGUCACUGCAUUUGUCAACCAUCCACAGAUUUCUGCCAUCCUUGAUGAGGAAGAGGAAGAGUGCUUACACUACCUCAACAUGGUCGAAGUUGAAGAAUUUGAAGAUAUCAAAUCAGGUUACAGGAUAAAUUUCACAUUUUCCUCCAAUCCAUAUUUUAACAACAGUUAUAUGUCCAAAGAAUUUCAUCUAGCUACAACAGGUGACCCAGCUUCAAAGUCAACCAAAGUAGACUGGAAAGACAAUAUGGACCUGACAAAGCGGGCCCAGGCACAGAUACCAAACAGAAAACGGAGACACGGUUUCUCACGGACAUUUUUCCACUGGUUCCAAGACAACGCUGACCCAUCGGCAGACGACAUUGCUGAGGUGAUAAAGGACGACAUGUGGCCUAACCCCCUACAGUAUUACUUAGCACCAGACAUAGAAGUCGGGGAGAACGGUGUUGGAGACCAUGAUGAUGAAAAUGAGGAUUCUGUGGUUGUAUUGGGAGAUGAUGAUGACGAUGAUGAUGAGUUAGAUGACGAUGAGGAAGUAUACCAGAUUGAUGAUGAUGAUGAUGACGAUGAAUUAGAUGAAACAAAUGGCUUAGGAGAAACGAUAGAUUCUGUGGAGGAUGAAGAUGAAGAUGAUGAUGAUGUUGAGGUGCUAGGAGAAGAGGAUGAUGAUGAUGAUGAUGUAGAAGCAGUAGAACCUGAUGAAGGGGAAACGAAAGGAGAGUGAUGUCAUAGUUGCCAUAGAAACACCACAGUGCUACAACAAGGAAUUGUGACCAGUCUAAACAGUGAAAUUACCAGUCAUGAUGGCAUAUGGGCCUGCAUGUGGCAGGUUGGGUGGGAAGGGGAAAUUUCAUUAAUUAUAAAGGCAUCAUGAAGAAGGAAUUUUUAACUUUGACAGCUAUUUUUCAUUUAGUUAGUUAUCACUUUCUCAAAGACUGCUGUAAAUCUCAUGCUUUUUUGCGCCCAUUUGCUUAAAUGUUGGAUCUUAAUUUGCAUGUUUUGUGUCGUCUGGCUUUCUGUUGCAACACUUCAAAUGUCUUUUUGUAAAUUUAGAUGGAUAUUAUAAUAUAUUCUUAUUACAAUGAUGGUUUGUAUUUCUAGUAUAGCAAUAUGGUGGCUGAAUUAAUUUUGCUGUAAAUAUUGCCAUCAACAUCAUCAUUUUACUUAAUUUCAUAGAUUUCUUAUCAAAGUUUUCUUUUGUACUUUUUAUAUGUACAAUAUUUUUGCAUUUUUCCCUUUUAAAGUAAUGUCAGUUUUCAUUUUUUGAUUGACGCAGUCCAUGUGAGCAUUUUAGGUAGGAAAACUAUGCUGUCUUGAAAAAGCAUACAUUUUGACCAAGGAACACAAAAGCUAUGUGGGAUUCACCGCGACUCCUAGUCUAAAAGAUUGUUUCAGAAAAGUCUCUAAUGUUAAAAUCUCUUAUUGAACUUUUUAAUGUACUUCUUUUGCAAACCAUGGUGGCAUGUCACUAUCAGAAAAUAGAAAUUUUUAAAUUCUGCUCGACUUUGACAGGACAUCUUGAUCUCGUUGAAGCAUUGGAUGUAUUUAAACUCCAAUCUUUAUCAUUUGGAUUAAUCUGGUAUUUAGCUCCUGGUUGGUAAAAUCUUCAUGUUUUGUCAGAAUGUUUUUCUGUUUGUCAUUAUCAAGGAUCACUUGGUCAUCUGUAUCACCUUUAGUCAGUAUGGGACAGAAAUACAGUACAUGUUUCUAAAUAUAAUGUUUUAAAAAAUGCAAUAUUGAGGCCUGUUCGUUUAUGCGGACAAACCAAGCUUUUUAAUGUAACAAUUCAUGCAUAUCGGUAUAUCUUGGCAGACCUGCAGAUGUUAAUACAGGCCUUGAAAGGCUUUGUCAAAAGCUCGUCUGAAAACAACAAAAAAUCACCAGGUCCGUCCUUAUUUCAUAACAAACAACUCUGGUCUAACCGUUUGGACUGCGAUUUAUGAAAACAGCCUCUGUAAGGAAUACAAAAUUCAGUGAAAUUGCCUCGAUACUGAUAGAUACAGGAGUGAAGGGAAUGUGUCUUAAGAAUUGUUAAAUUGUUAUGUUGACAAAAUCUAAUGUAAUUUAAUAUGAAUUAAUUGAUGCUGAAUGGCUGAGAAAUAUAUUGAACAAGUGGAAGGGACGUCAACUUUCAGAAAUCUUGAUUCAGUACUGUGCACAUAUCAUCCAUUAGCCAUUUUUGCUGGAAAUAUAAAAUAAGACUUGUUUCUUUAUUUAAUUUCAGAAAAAGACCUAACAAUAUAAAUUGUUUGGUACAUAUAUAUAUUAACAGUUUCUAUGUACCAGCACUUUUUAUCUAACAAUCCUAAAUUCUCACACUGAUUUAUUUACAGAAACUUGUAUGAAGACAAAAUCAAAUGUCAUUGAAAUGUUGAACUAGGAACAUUGCUAUGGUGUCAUCUUGAAAACAAAGAAAGAUUAAAUUCAUAAAAUCUUCUUCCAAGUGUUACUGUGUUGACAAAUUAACAGCUUUAAUGUGUUGAAAUGAUCAGCAUAAAUGUUGUUUGUUGGGUUUAUCCUCGUGAACAUUUUGAGGUAGGGUCUCCUUGAAGUAGCUGGUGGCUACCUCACUGAACAACACAUGAAAGGCCCAUAGCAUGCCAUCCAGAGCAAUAUGGCUGAAGUGUCUUACGUACCCAAGGACAAUGUUAACUACGACAGUGAAGAUCGGUCCAUUUCCUAGCUUUCCGAGAAAUUAUUCUCGUCAUGUUCCAUAAAUCAUUCAGCAAAUUUCAUUUUAAUAUUGAGACGACAGCAAACAUAUUGGUUUGAACAUUUUUCCAUACCAUAGCGACAUCUAAAAUAUAAAAACUAGAGUGUUUUAAACCAUACCCAUCUCAUCAGGACAUGAUUGCGGUCAUAAUCACUCCUUUUUGUUGACAUUUGUUUGUUUAAUACUGAAAUUUGACAAAUACUGUCUGAAUGGAAUAACUCACCAAAUAUAUUUUCCAAGUUAUUUUGUUUAUCUCUGGAUAUGGGAAUUAUUAUUGUAUUAACUCACAUUUAAUAAAGUUAACACUUAAAUUCAUAUUCAUCAAAAAAAGAGAUAACUCAAAUGGAUGCUUGCAUUAUCAAACAAAAUAUGAAAAGAUGUUUUCUUUAGGUACUUUUUCUUUGGAUUUGAUUUAAUGGAUUAUCUCCCUUGCACAGUUUACUUUUUUGAGGAAAUUUGGUCCAAGUCCUUAGAAGAGGUGUUUUGUCUGUAUUUUUUCUCGUGUAUUUCUGAGAUAAACAAAAUACAUGUCAUGUAAUCAUAAAACAAAAUACAUGUCAUGUAAUCAUAAAACAAAAUACAUGUCAUGUAAUCAUAAACCAAAUAAUGUGGUAUCCAUGAAGAAUGAAAUUACUGUAUUAAAGUCAUCCCUUUCAGACAAUUAAUGUUAUUUGUACAUAAUGUUUUAUACAAUGUAUAAAAACUUCAUAAUGCUACAUCCAUCAAAUGAGCACUUGAAAAGCAUUCUGCCAUGUUUUGAGGCCCUACCUGACAACAAUCAUCUGGAACAUGUUUGUUAACCAUUCUUCCCCAUGAAUGAUUUGUAUAUAAGGCACUAUAUAUGUGGUGAUCAUAUUGUUUGUAAAAAGAUCAUGUAAUUUUAAAACCAUUGUUAAUAUGAAAAAUUAUAUCAAUAGAAAAUGUUGUGUGCAUAUAUGUAGUUGAAGAUACUUGGACCAAUUCAGUGGUAAUGAUACAUGGUCAAGCUUGACCAGUCUCUCAUUUCAUUCUCAUCUGUUUAUUUACCAAGUUUAAAAGACAGUAUUGUCUCCAUUGAAGCAUGCUUAUUAUAUAUAUAUAUCCAUAGUGAUUUAUUUUCAUUUUCCAAUGAAGUCUGUUCAUAGAUAUAUUGUUGAGCAAAUAUUGUCUCAGGAAAUUGUUGAAUGAGGCUUUGUUUGCUGUCAAGUUUUAAAUAUUGAUUUUUGAUAUUGUAUGUAAAUUACAUAACUUUUUAAUGUAGUGUAUCAAAGAAUCAUACAUUUGAAUCUUUGAACACUAAGAAUUAAUAUGUAGAUUUUACAGUUAGGAAAAUAUCGGUUUUCUCAUGACUUAUUCAUGUAAAACUUCAAUCGUUGAUAUUAACGUAAAAUCUUUAUGGGUAAUUUCAUUUAUAUCAAAAUAAAUCGAAGAAUAAGUUUAUUUACCAUCAAAACAUGACAGAUUACUAAGCAUCAUACAAGUACUCUGUAUUAAAUUCCAUUUGUUACACUAUCACUUGGCAUAUAGCUCGUACUGGUUAAGCCGGACCAUGUAUCAUAACCUUGUGGCCUUCUGAUAAGAAUUUCUUUCCUCCUUGUGUUUUAAGAAAAAGUUACAGCGGUUUCAAUUAUCACAAAUAGUACUACAUAAGUAUUAUUUUAUUUUUCAAAGGGAAAACAUAAGAAUAGAUUUUGUUCAUCUCAGGUUUUCCAUAUUGAAUAUUUUCAGUGAAAAUCUUGAGUUUGUUAAAACUCUUCUUCCCAACUCUUUGAGUGAGUUGUCUUUCCCUUUCCAGGAUGUCACAUGGUCCGAUACAAUGUACAUUCUGUGUCUCAAAAACACUUCUGGAUUUAUAUUGAUGGAAGAUCUCAACAACAUUAAAAGGAGGAGAAAGAAAUUGA